CAGUAAAAUCCCUCCCAACCCCCAUCACUAAUCGUACCAGCCUAGGGUUUGCUCUCCUCGCCGGCUUGCCCCCACGACACCGUCGCCCUCCUCCACGACGACGAGUUUGUUACAGAUGGCUGGAUAUAUGUCAAGAGGGCCACCAAAUGGUUCUGUUUACGUGUGCAAUCUACCUCCUGGAACUGAUGAGACUAUGUUGGCUGAAUAUUUUGGCACCAUAGGGUUGCUAAAGAAGGACAAAAGGACUGGGCGCCCAAAAAUUUGGAUAUACAGGGACAAAGUUACCAAUGAGCCAAAGGGCGAUGCAACAGUCACCUAUGAGGAUCCACAUGCUGCUUCAGCUGCUGUGGAAUGGUUCAAUAACAAGGAUUUCCAUGGAAGCACUAUUCAGGUUCACAUAGCUGAGUCAAAAAGCAAAGAUACAUUUGAUAACUCCACGAAUUUGAACAUUGUUGCUGACGUUGGUGGACAAGAUGAAUUGGAUAUUGGGGCAGGCAGAGGUAGAGGACAUGGUGAUGAUCCAGGAAAGGCUUGGCAGCAAGAUGGGGAUUGGAUGUGUCCAAAUACAAGUUGUGGCAAUGUAAAUUUUGCCUUCCGUGGUGUUUGUAAUCGCUGUGGAGCCGCUCGCCCUGCUGGUGUUGGUGGAGCUGGUGGUGGUGCUGGUGGUAGGGGUAGAGGCCGUGGUAGUGCUGACGCAAGAGGAAGCAGCCGUGCUGGUGCUGCUGCUGUUGGUGGUCCACCUGGAUUGUUUGGUCCAAAUGAUUGGCCAUGUCCAAUGUGUGGCAACAUAAACUGGGCUAAGCGGAGCAAAUGUAAUAUAUGUAACACCUCCAAGCCUGGUACCAAUGAAGGUGGUGUGAGGGGUGGCCGGGGUGGUGGGUAUAAAGAACUUGAUGAAGAAGAACUAGAGGAAGUUAAAAGGCGUCGGAAACAGGCUGAGGAUGAUGGGGAGAUCUAUGAUGAAUUUGGCAACCUCAAAAAGAAAUUCCGUGCCAAAGCACUGCAUACUGAGAUUGCACAGACUCUUCCUGGGUCUGGACGUGCUGGAUGGGAAGUUGAGCAACGUGUUUCCACUGAAAGAGAAAGCAGGGAGAGGAGCAGAGAUCGUGGCAGGGACGACUAUGACGAAAGGGAAAGCAGGAACAGAGAUAGAGGUGAUCAAGGAAGGGAGCGGCGCCGGAGCCGGAGCAGAGACCGCGUCAGGGAAAGGGGUAGGGAUAGGGGCAGAGACCAUGACUAUGAGAGAAGUCGGGAUCGAGACCGUGAUGACCACAGGUGAAGAGACAUGACAGCAUUUUCAGAUACUGGCCGCCAAUUUUCUUUUCCGUGGGACCCGUCAUAUUGUGUUAUCCUGGACCUGAUGUUGCUUUGAAUGAUUUGCCGCACUGGUACGCGUUAAUCUGAUAUAUAUUUUUUCCCAUACUAAUUAAA